CCAUGCCCGUCCCCAACAUGGCCCCACCCGACUCACUUUACCGCCCACGGCCCGGCGGGCUCGUCGCUCGGUGACGUCAUCGCGCAUCGCCCGUUUCCAUGGGAACCGGCGGAGCCUGCGGUGGGAGCGGGACGGGCCACGACCCUCAAACCUCCGGGACCCUCGAUCUCGCCGGGACCCCCUCGCACACCCCGGCCUCACCAUGUUCACGGACCUGGCGGCGCCCGGCGCCGACGUGCAGUCGCUGUGGAGGAGCGCCCGGAGCGCGCGCUGCGAGGCGAAAAGCUGCCAGACUGGGAGAAUUUCCACAGCAGAAGCUGCAGCACAGUCUCACACAGGCCAGGACGCUGCAGUGCAGACGGAACAGGGCAAAGAUGCUCUCCAAGACUUCCAGCAAGAAGUCCAAGUAGAUUACACUGGCCUUCUGUCAUUCCUUCAGAGAGUAGAGGAUGCUGUUAUCAAAGAACUAAAUAAAAACUGGGAAAGCCGUGCCUUUGAUGGCUUUGAAGUGACCUGGACAGAUCAGAAUGAAACAGUGUUGUGUUUGCAUACCUUGUCAUACCCAGAGGCUCGGGAUAAAAACCUGCAGGUCUCCAGUGUCUCAUGGAAUGCCACGGGAUCUGUCAUCGCCUGUUCCUAUGGCCGGUUGGAUGAUGGGGACUGGAGCACGGAAAAAUCCUACGUUUGUACCUGGAAUCUGGACAGAAGAGGGCUGAAUCCACAGCACCCUGACCUGGUGAUGGAUGUUCCCAGCUCUGUCAUGUGCCUGGCUUUCCACCCCUCCCAGCCCUCACUGAUAGCUGGUGGCCUUUUCAGUGGGGAGCUGGUGGUGUGGGACACCAGCAGGACAGAAGACCCUGUGAUCUGGAGGACAGGGAUGACAGAUGACACCCACACUGACCCAGUCUAUCAGGUUCACUGGUUACCUGACACCAAGCACAGACACCACUCCAGGCUGCUGAGCGUGUCCACCGAUGGGAAGAUCCUGGUGUGGAGGGAGGAGCGGGACGGGCGUCUGGCCUUGGCCGACGGAUUCGCCGUGGUGGCUCAGCAGAUCCCUCGCAGCACUCGGCUGAAGAAGGUGUCACAGAAAUACCUGUUCUGUGUGUGCUGGUCUCCAGUCCGACCCCUGGUCUUCGCAGCUGCAUCUGGGGAAGGAGAGGUGCUCCUGUUCGACCUGGCGAGGAGCACGAGGAAGCCCACGGUGUCCCUGAAGCAGGCCCUGAGCCACUGCCCCGUGUACUGCUUGGAAUUUAACAGCAAGCAGGCACAGCUCCUGGCAGCAGGGGAUGCUGCUGGAACAGUCAAAGUCUGGCAGCUGAGCUCAGACUUCACCGAGCAGGGACCACGGGAAAUGAAUCACCUGGAGCAGCUGGCGAGUGAGAGCAUGGACUGAGGCAGCAGCACAGCAGCUGCAUGAAGCUUGUUCCUGCCCUGACUCCAGGAACAGCUCCCCACUCACCUGUUCCAGUGUUGGAAAACACAGGUAACCCACAGCUGGAGCUGCACCCAUGUAACAGCUAAAUUUGCAUUGAACCAUUAAACACCAGAUGAUGUGGUUCGACCAGUAACUUU